GACAAAGGAUCGGGACGGGCGAUCGAAGCGAGGAUCGUGGGGCGAGGAGCGAGAGGAGCGCAAUUGUGACGCGGCACUCAGGAAUUUAGCUGCGAAAGACGGUUGAGACAGGCUGUUUACGAGAAUAUUUUCGUACUUUCGAGAACAUUUGGAAGUGAUGCAGAUUGAUUUUUGGAACAUUUGGUGAUUAAUUGCAUCAGGGAAUUGGUGAAUCGAAAUUUUGUUAGUGGCCUGUAGACCGGAAUAUUGCAGAAUUGGAGCACCUCAUGAGUUCUGUAAAGGAGUGCACGACUGUUCAAUUGAAGGAAAUCCUGAGGAAAUUCGGAUUGUCGGCUACCGGAAACAAAGAGGAGCUCGUCGCUAGAGUGUUGCAUGCGGACCCGGAGGAAAAGAGAUGGCGAGAUGCGAUGGGAGGCGCGCAGACGGAGGAGGCUGGAGCAUCGCUGACGUUGGAUAAUUCGUUGGAUGACACCGACAGGUUGGAGCAAACGGGUAAUGCUAAUAUGCGGCAACACGAGGCAUUUAAGCAAAUCUCGUUGCGAUUGGAGCGGAAAGACUAUCAUAACCGUUACGCGGAGAGAUUUGGAUUCGACAGGAGGAAAGCGCGGAAAAAAAACCAAAAUAUUGUCGGUCGUGAUCUUCGUUGCUAUAAUUGUGGCAUGGUGGGCCAUACAUCGAGGGACUGUAAGCAGCGCAGGCGAGAGUGGGGAUCCUGUUUUGAAUGCGGUGAAAUGGGACACAGAGUGAAGGACUGCCCGAAGAAAGAAAGUAGGAAGGAGAAGUACACAACAUCGACAGGUUAGCUGACAAAGACGAAUUCCGAAAGAAUGUUAC